AACAAUCGAAGACAAAGAAACUGGAACAUCCAUGUCCAGCCACGUCAAGAAAAUUGGAAUCCUCGUGUUUGGUUCCAAUGUGUCAGGGAUAAAUAAAGUUCACCCCUCCCUCCCGUCAACGACCUUCUUUCCACAGUCUUUACCUCUCCGCGUUCUCCACACUAUCAGUUAUUGUUAUCAACUAUAUCCUCCAUCAUGACUUCCAACUUGAACAUCACCGCAAAGACCUUCAAAAGUUUCCACAGGCCAAGCCAACCUGUCGUUCUUGCAAAUGUCUACGACGGCAUCUCCGCAAAAACAGUCGCAUCACUACCCACCUCGAAAGCCAUCGCAACAGCAAGCUACGCAAUCGCCGAGGCCGCCGGCACGAGCGAUGACGCUCUAACCCUCGAAGAAAACAUCAGAGCCACCAAGAUAAUCGCAUCCGUCAUCAAGGAAUCGGGAAAGCCACUGACCGUCGACAUCCAAGAUGGAUACGGCGAACAGCUCGAAGACUGCAUCAAACAAGUGAUUGAAGCUGGCGCUGUCGGCGUUAACCUCGAGGACUUUGACAAGGGGGAAAAGCAGUUCUAUAGCCCUGACGAUGCGGUUGAUAGAAUCAAGCGGGUUCUAGCCACCGCGACCGCCCUGGGUGUUCCUGAUUUUGUGGUCAAUGCUAGGGCCGACGCCCUUAUAUACGGCGGUGCGCUUGACGAGGUUGUCUCGCGUGGCCAGGCAUUCCUUGCUGCUGGUGCGACAACUGUGUUUGUCAUGGGGCCCAUGGAUAGGCCGGUUCCUGGGUCACUUACGAAAGAAGAGAUCGCGAAGCUGGUAGAGGCAUUUGAGGGUCGAGUGAACGUGUCGCUUGGGGCGUUUACCUCCAAGGAAGUUGCUGCUCUUGGUGUUUCGAGAAUUAGUGUUGGGCCGGGACUUCAGUUUGCUGCUCUGGGUGCGAUUAAGAAUGCGGCGGAGCAGAUUCUUGAUGUCUAAAUGGCACUCAUUCACUCACUGCGUAACCUUAGUGGUAUAUACUACCCGUUACCUAGUUGUCACUGAUCUAUCGCCCUGCCUAAUCUACUCCGUAGCAGGCCCGAGAACAGUUUGUACUUUGUCUUGGAAGAGGUUUAGUAAAAAAUAUAUAUUUCUCCAUUCGAUUGAACAAGCUGAUGCCCAUCCAAUGCGUGAAAAUGUGGAAUGAGACGUUCAUAGAAUCCGUAGAGCUGUAGGGAAAACUGGGCGGG